GGGGAGAAUGGCUGCGUCUUCCAGUGGUGAGAAGGAGAAGGAGCGGCUGGGAGGCGGUUUGGGAGUGGCGGGUGGUAACAGCACACGAGAGCGGCUGCUGUCUGCGCUUGAGGACUUGGAGGUCCUGUCUAGGUAAUGCGGCGAGCCUGAGAGCCGGGCUGGAGCUGGGCCGGGGGACUGACCCCGGAGCCGGCCGGCCCUGCCUUUGUGCUCGUUCUCGGGGUUCGGCGGGGAGGGCCAGCUCGGGAGUUUCGGGUGCAUGAGGGUCAUGGACGUGGGGUCCGCAGCCCUCUGGCACUCUGGGCGGCGGUUUUUCCCGUUAGAGGGAAUUUUAGUAAUGAUAAGAACUCGCGCGGUCUGAGCCCCUUCGUCCGCGGCCAGCCACUUAACAUUUAUGGAACGCUCCUUGGGGGCUCAGCAUUGGGGAAACGGUAGUGAAGGGUAGACUGGAUGCCAGCUGUCGAGGGAGAGACAGAUGUGCAAACUGGCUUGGGGCCUGUUUUUAUUAGAGGGCUGCGCUGCGGGGUACUGGAGCACAGGGGCUAGGCACCUUUUCUGGUUCUAGUCAGGGCCUCUGAAGAAAGGGCUGCUUGGGAAGCAUGAGCUCGCCAAACUCUAGGCAGCACAGGUAGAUGGAACAGCAAGUGCAAAAAGCCUGGCUUGGUGGAGUUGCAAGUUGUUUAGGAUGGUUGUGUGUCAGAGAUAGGAGAUGAAAUUAGAUGUCGUUCUUCAUAUUCUGUCACCUUUCAUGAUAAGUCUUUCAAGUUGAAGCCUUCCUUGACUCCCUCCCAUUGACUUGGAUGGUAAAUUAUCUUGGUUCUGCCUCCUAAAGUGUUGCUCCAAUUUGCCCUCUCGUUCCAACCCCGCUGUUCAUAACUCCUUCUUAAAUGUAGCCUCUCAAACAGUUUUAAUUGCCUCAUGCUUCUGCACUUUAUCCUUUUAUAUUGGCCGAUACCAGUUUUAAAAGGCAUCUUAUAUCACUUUUCUGCAGAAAAAUUAUAUAAAAGCUACCUCAUUGGUAGGUUUGCGUUGUCCAGUGAGGUAAAGUUCAAAUUCUUUAGUCAGACUUCCACAUCUUCAGUGCCAUUCCCAGUCUACUCCCGAUUUGGUGAAUGAUUCAUAUAUCCUUCAGAAUCCAGCCCAAAUGUCACUUUUUCUGUAGCCAACAUUCUUUGACAGCUUUAGAAUAAAUCUUAUCUGUUGUAUUUUAAAAUAUACCUGAUAUAAUCAGCACUUUAUUUUUGGUGUAAAUUUAGUCCUUGCCAUCGUAUUGCUACCAACUUACCAGGUCAGCACAGUAUUUAAUGAUGGAAGAAAACCCGAAAACACCUAGACACCAGAAAUUAAAUGGCUUAUGUGUUUGAUCCACUGUUUAAAAUAAACUGUAUUAGGGCCGGGUGUGGUGGCUCACGCCUAUAAUCCGAGCACUUUGGGAGGCCAAGGCGGGCGGAUCAUUGGAACUUCUUCACAGAAUGAAGCUGCUCUGGUGGUGUGACUGGCUUCCAGAAAGGUCUCAUGUGUUCACUCAGAGGGAACUUAUAGAAAUGCUGGCAAUUUCAAGAAACCAAAAGUUGUUACAGGCUGGAGAGGAAAACCAGGUCCUGGAGUUGUUAAUUCACCGAGAUGGGGAAUUUCAAGAACUAAUGAAAUUGGCACUUAAUCAGGGAAAAAUUCAUCAUGAAAUGCAAGUUUUAGAAAAAGAAGUAGAGAAGAGAGACAGUGAUAUUCAGCAGCUACAAAAACAGCUAAAGGAAGCAGAACAAAUACUGGCAACAGCUGUUUACCAAGCGAAGGAGAAACUCAAGUCAAUAGAAAAAGCAAGAAAAGGUGCUAUCUCCUCUGAAGAAAUAAUUAAGUAUGCACAUAGGAUCAGUGCAAGUAAUGCUGUAUGUGCUCCACUGACCUGGGUUCCAGGGGACCCCCGGAGACCCUACCCAACUGAUUUAGAGAUGAGAAGUGGGUUACUGGGUCAGAUGAACAAUCCUUCCACUAAUGGCGUGAAUGGCCAUUUACCAGGAGAUGCACUUGCAGCAGGAAGAUUGCCAGAUGUCCUUGCUCCACAGUAUCCAUGGCAGUCAAAUGACAUGUCGAUGAAUAUGUUACCACCAAAUCAUAGUAGUGACUUUUUGUUGGAACCUCCUGGGCAUAAUAAAGAAAAUGAAGAUGAUGUAGAGAUUAUGUCAACGGACUCCUCAAGCAGUAGUAAGAUGGAGUUUCACCAUGUUGGCCAGACUGGUUCCGAACUCCUGACCUCAAGUGAUCCACCCACCUCGGCCUCCCAAAGUGCUGGGAUUACAGGUGUGAGCCACCGCGCCUGGCAAGAGCCUUCUUUACUUAGCACAGAAGAUUGCUUAAUAAAUACUUCUUGGUUAUAUUGCUUGCCUGUUUUGUUAGAUCCUACAUAAAACAAACUCUUAGGGGACAGAACUAGCUACUGCACUGGUGUUUCUACCACCGUUCUUACCAUCGGUUCUGGCAACUAUUGCUCCUGGCCACUUCACUUCUAGCCCUUUGGGUCAGUCAGCUAGACACCCAAACAGUUCACCUGGGAUGGCUCAUGGGGAAAAAUCCAUGCAUGGUAGCUGGGGUGGGAUGGUGGCCUCUCGGGACCUCACUGCACUCUCCUGUUCUGACCUGCUGAUCUACUGUUUCCCUGAUUCUAAACUCCUCAUUCCAUCCCCCAGCCCUUUAGUCCCUUACUAUGGUUCUUGCCCAACAUGGCAUCUUUCAUUACUGAACCUGUUGACCACCUAUUCUUUCUCCUUCCAUUUGAAUUCAACUCUUUGGUGGUGGCAUGAGCAGGGACGUUGGUUAAGUUAGUGAACUGCCAUAAGUAUUUGUAAACCCAGUGUACGCAAAAGCCAUUAAGAAAAUGAAAACUCUCCUGGCCAUGGAUUGCUUCUGUGUAGCACUGCUGAUAAGAAAGAUGGGUGAAGCAAUGUGUGGUCGAGAGCACUUGGUUUAUUUUCACCAAUGGCAACAACAGAGGGAGGAACAAAGUGCAGGUGUGUGUCCUGCAGUUCUCAAACUGGUAGACCUAAAACAUUUUGUGGACAAGUUGAGCCCUUCUUCAUAGUGUCUUAAAGCUGCUUCCAACUCCCUCAAGGCAGUUCAUGGCUCCUACUUGCCAGACUUCCACCUGUGGUCUGGUUUACCUCUCUUGGGGUUGCAAGAAUAUCUUACCUAAAUAGUCACUUUCUCUGCAUCCCAAGUAUCUUGUUGAUUGAAACAUCUUAUUGUGUGUCAGGUUUAUCUAAUUCUACUGAUUUAGUUCCACUAAUAAAACACAACGUAAUAAAAUUCUCAAAUAUGCAUGAACACAUAAUUAUAUCCCUUUAAAAAUACAGAACCUGUUAUAAGGUACAUUUCACAUGCAUGUUACUUAAUAAUUUCCCCUACAACAUAGUAAGUUACCCUCAUUUUUCCUCACAUUAGUAAAUUGGCAUUUGGAUUUCAGCUUCCUUACCCAGUUGUGAACUUUGUGUACAUCUUUAGCCAGGGUAUCACUUCUGUUUCUAUUUUGGACCCUAACUCCUCCUUACUAUAGAAACAGAUAUUCUUCAUGUCCCUGCCAAUAAUUGGAAUGCAGUAUUUGCAUUUCCUAUUCUGAGGAUCCUCAAUACUACUUGUUUUCUUUCUGACCCAGAAAAAGAAAAAGUUAAGAAAAAGAAAUACUAAAAGGUCACUUUUUUCAUUCAGCUAGUAUAUAUUAGGCAUUUAGCAUUAGCAGUUACCACUCUGGCUGCUAGGUAUAUAAUAGAAAGACAUGGUCUUUAGUCUAAAGGAGUUUACUUUCUACUGGGGAGACAAGCAAUCAAUAGAAAUCAACAUGACAUCUUCCAUAAUAUACAAGUACUGGCAGCCUUAUCGGAUGCAUCAGACCUAAAUCCUCAAAUAAUCAAAGCUGUGCUCAGCCACAGAAAAUACCCUUCCAGAGUCACAUGUGAUCCCUGAAAGGUGAACAUAUUUCCUUUUCAUUCACAUGAAUAGCAUUUAUGAAAACUACAAUAUUGAUGUAUACUUGUCUUCAGCCAUUUUGAAGGAGGAGGCUGACUUGCAGGCAUUUUAUCUGCAGAAUUUAACUUAUUGCUUCACAAAUGCAUCAGAGGUGAAUUCAACCCAUUAGAAAUUUAAACCAUG